CUCGGGGUCUUUCUGAUGACAAGCUGUGCAGUGUGCAGAAAUGUCUGCAGACAGAGGCAGAGUCCUGCCUGGGUUCCCCUGUGUUGUACCAGCUCAUUGAGGCCAGUUCUCUCUCUCUUUCUCUCCCUUUAUUUCCCCCUCCCUCUCUCCCUGUCCCUCAUUUUCUCUUUCUCUCAUUCUCUCUGUUCUUAAUUGAAAUAUUUUAGUAUUUAAGAACUGUAUUUGUGAUAUUAUAAUUAGAACUGUGAAUCGAGGAUGCCCUUUGUCCUGAUUUUUUAAAUUUAGAAAUGUAUAAAUAGAGAUGAAUAUCAAGUACCUGACUCGGUCCCUCUUUUCUUUUCUCUGUCUCUCUCAGAAAGCCAAAGAUAUCCUGACGGAGAGCAAUAUUCCCCAUGGGAACUGCGUCAUCUGCCUUUACGGGUUUAAGGAUGGGGAGGCGUUCACCAAGACCAGAUGCUACCACUACUUCCACUCCCACUGCCUAGGCCGCUACAUCACCCACUCUGAGACUGAGCUCCAAGAGAGGGAGAAGGAGCUGGAGCAGGACAAGACACGGAGAGGAUAGACGAUGAGGUGAGAUCAAGAGCUAACGGUUGUGUGUCCCAUGUGUAGAGAACCUCUGAUUUACAAUGUUGACCAGCUCCUGUCUAAUCCCGCCCCUAGCUUUCCAAAGCUGGAGGGAGUGGUGAUAGGGGUGGCGUUCCGGCAGAAGUGGGCUGAGCUCCAGAACCUUUUGGAGCGUCAGAAAGCAAAAGGCGGGAUUAUCAACACAGAGGCGGAGUCUAACCGCUUCCUCAUACAUAUUAAUGAGCCGCCUCCCGACUCCGACAACGUCAGCGCUGACGGGGACGCCUCUCCCAGCCAAUCACUGCCCUCCCUUCCCCCUGCCUCCACCAAUCAGAUCACAGCACCACAGCUGCAGCACGCUGGCCACUCGCAUCGCAGGGGAGGGCCAGGUCACCAGUGCCGGCACCAGGGGCCGCAGGGCCACUUCAGGGGACCCAGGAGGGGAGGGAGAGGCAGGCCCCACACCCACCCAGGGAGACCUGUCCCCCCCACCGACCAUCUGGACAAACUCUCUCUGUCCUCAGAGAAACAUGACAAAUUCCACAGCGCUCCUCCUGCCAACUCUCACGACGCAACAAUCAAAGCCAGACUUCAGGAGAACUCUAGCCACCCGGAACUGGGACAAGCACAGUUAAGCCAAUUGGAGAAGGAAGAAGGGGAGGGACGUACGGAGCUAGGCCAACAAGAGGCUCCAGUUCCUAAAGACGGUCAGCCAAUAAGCAAAUCAAGCCUGGACACUUCUAAAACGGACAUCCCACCUAGCAACGGCAUGGAAAUGGAGGCUGGGCGAGGCCAUAGGGAGAGGGGAAGGAGGGGCCCUCGCCGUUCAGCGCAACAGCCUGACCAAUGGCAGGAGAGGCAUUUCAGAGGAACGGACCAAUGGGAUGCUCGGGGGGGCGGGUACCAUCGCUACUGGAACGGGCGAGGUCAGCAAAGCAGGGGAGGUGCCAACUGCCCCCGUAGCAGAGAAGGUGGGGCUCACAUGGCUGGUGGGAGGGGCUUCCAUCAGAGAGUGGUAGAGGGAGAGGUGGGGAGAGAGGGUGCUGCUCUAUGACAAAGGGACAAAGGAGGAACUAAGAACAACUAUGUCUGCACUUCCAUUUACAUUCUCGACACACCUAAAAUAAAACUGCACUGUCUGGCACCUAAGUGAA